UAGGAAGGGUCCGAAUGAAGAGAGAGACAUUGCAGAAUGGCGUCUUCAACAGGAUCUGAGGCCGCCAUUAGAAGAAAGAUUGAGAGAAAAGGCUCGCUAUUAAGACUCGCCGCCGUCAAAGACUCGAAGGAUCGACGCCGUCAAAGGUUCGAAGGAUCGCCGCCGUUGAAGGUCGCUGUCGAAGGCUUUGCCGCACUCUACCGUCGUUACCACCAUUGUAGAAGGUUUUGAGAACACUCCUCCUUUAGCGAGAAACAAAGGCAUAUCAAUCUGUAACCAAAGAAGUGUCACUUGGUAAAUUUGUUGAUGAAAAGAAAACACAACUAGUCAAGGAUAAAGGUUUGCCUAUUGAAGGUUGUGCUGUUGUUGCUGGUCUUACAGACAAAGGUGUGACAGGCCUUCAACAAGUCUGUCCUUUCUGAGGGUGUAACAGAAAGAUUUGGACGAGAUUGCACAGUGGACUGAAUACAUUCCUACAUCUAGCUUCUUUUGUUCCAUUUAUUUCAAAGAUGGCAGAGCUGGCAACUGAGAAACAUGUUCGCUACAUAUUAUCAGUUGAAAAGAGGAAAGAUAAUUUUGAAUCUGUGGUAAUGGAGCAUCUAAGAAUGAGUGGGGCAUACUGGGGAUUGACUGCUCUGGAUCUUCUGGGAAAGCUUGAUAGUGUUGAUGUUGAUGAGGUUACUUCAUGGUUGCUGAGUUGUCAACAUGAGUCAGGGGGAUUUGGUGGAAAUAUUGGUCAUGAUCCGCACAUCCUCUAUACACUAAGUGCCGUGCAGGUGUUGGCUCUCUUUGAUAAGAUGGAUGUUAUUGAUGUAGAUAAGGUGACAAAUUAUAUUGUCAGCCUGCAAAAUGAAGAUGGAUCCUUUUCAGGGGAUAUGUGGGGUGAAGUUGAUACACGGUUCUCAUAUAUUGCUAUUUGUUGCUUAUCAAUAUUACAUCGGUUGGAUAAAAUCAAUGUGGAGAAAGCUGUGAAGUACAUUAUAAGUUGCAAAAAUAUGGAUGGUGGUUUUGGUUGCACCCCCGGCGGGGAAUCUCAUGCUGGUCAAAUUUUCUGUUGUGUGGGAGCCCUUGCCAUAACGGGGUCACUAGAUCUUGUUGAUAAGGACCUACUAGGUUGGUGGUUAUGUGAGCGACAGGUUAAAUCUGGAGGUCUGAAUGGGCGUCCUGAGAAACUUCCUGAUGUCUGCUACUCGUGGUGGGUUCUUUCUAGCCUGACCAUGAUUGAUAGAGUUCAUUGGAUCAGUAAGGAGAAGCUUAUAAGGUUUAUCCUAGACUGCCAGGACACAGAAAAUGGUGGGAUUUCAGACAGGCCAGAUGAUGCCGUGGAUAUAUUUCACACAUUCUUCGGGGUGGCAGGACUUUCACUUCUUGAAUAUCCAGGAGUGAAACCGAUAGAUCCAGCUUAUGCCUUACCUGUUGAUGUUGUAAAUCGGAUUUUCUUUACGAAAUAAGAGUGAAGUAGUUCAGUUCGAUGAUAUUAUCCAGUAAUGACUCACUCUUUGGAGUUGGAUCUACCACCCUCGCCCAAAAACAGUUAAUUAUUUUCUAAACAAAAUGUUUACAUUUUUAGCUUCUUUAAUUAAAUUGAUGUCAUACGAAUAGGAUUGUUCAGUGUUGUAUCAAAGAUUUUAAAUAUGUAUGUUUGGAUAGGCUAA